AUGCAGAACGAGUGUUUUGACUACCUCGUAUUAAGCUACAUGUGGGGCACGAAUCAUGAAGGACAACUCCGCCUACUCCAAUCCAAUCUCAAGUCCUUCCAAAGAGAGAUUCCACGAACCACUUUAGAGGCAUCAGAUGUGUACAAAGAAGCCAUCCGCGUGACUCUCGCACUCGGCUACCGCUUCCUCUGGAUAGACAGCCUAGCCAUAAUCCAAGACUCAGAUGAAGACUGGACCUACGAAGCACGCCGCAUGGCCAUCGUCUACGGCAACGCAACAGCCAACCUCGCUUUCCUCUUCCCACCUCACUCGCCCUCUGCGCCAUCCAGUCGCGAAGACCCACGAUCUUCGAAUCCAUGUAUCCUCCGGGCUUCAUCUUCGCAUACAGCUGGGAUAUAUAUUGAGCACACGAAGUCCUCACUCCGUCUCGCCCUCGACACGGAGGAGGCGAGUAGAGACUGGCUCGCUCAACGCAACUGGCCGCUCUUCAAUCGCGCAUGGACGUUCCAGGAGUAUCUUCUUGCGCCGCGGACGUUGCUGCUGGGGCAUAAGAAUCUCAUGUGGCAGUGCUCGGAGGGGUUUUGGGAUGAAUUGCUUGGGCCGAUUGCGGAAGCACCGGUUACAGAUCCCACGACGACGACGCUACAAGUAUCUUUGCACGGCAAAGACCGAGGGAAGGCUCGGUACUUCCCCAACACCAUCAAAGAGAUCAACACACUCGCAAAGACAAACAGCCUUUCCUCCCCAGCUAUUCUCUCUUUCGCACUAGACUACCAAAACCUAGUCAACGAGUACCGCAGCCGCAGACUCUCUUUCUUCAAAGACCGCAUCGUAGCUUUCGCAGGCGUAGCGCGUGCGUUUUCCAACCUAGGCCAACUCACCUACCUAGCCGGCCUGUGGAAAGAAAUACUACCGAUAACCAUGCUAUGGUACGUCGACAAAAAAGCAAAACGGCUUGUCCGCCUCGAGAAUGGGAUACCAAAUGGCGCGGAGAUGAAACCAUCGAUGUGGACGACGGAGAUUGAGGAAGAAGUAGUGCAAACCACAUCACCACUCCCAAGUUGGUCAUGGUUCUCAGUACCGAUAUGGAAAUACUACCAACUCCACUACCUUUUCGCCGAGGACGAACUAGUCGUCCGGAGUAAAAGCGAUUCCGAACCUCAUCUCGUCCGCUGGACAGACAUGUUCUUUGCCGAAACCAAGGGCUUCAAGUUCGCUGGACACGCGCAAGAUCGCAUACCGGAUUCUAGCCCCUUUGACUUCGCAGGCUUGCAAGUCACGUUCGCUACACUGGUUCUUCCUAUCAAAGCAGAUUGGCCCGCUGAUCUAGCUAACCAGAUGAAGCGGUUACAAGACCAUUCGCCGCUGUCUUCUCACCGCGGGUUUAGUUGGGACCCAAUUCUGGAGUAUUACCCUGAUGAUCCAGCGGGAAGGGUGUCGCCACCUCGUAAUGCGGUAUAUGCGCUGAUGGCGGAGUGUCAGGUUGUUAGGACUGCGGGGAAAAACACGGUGCAGCGGCGGUUGGCGGGGUUGAUUUUAGUCCCAGGAAGUAAAGAGGGGACGUGGAAGAGGGUCGGGGUGUGGAAGUUGAGGAUUAAUGUUGUGGGUGUUGGUGUUGAUGGAGGUAAUAUUGGGGAGGUGGCGAGGAGGUGGGGGAAGGUUAGUGUGCUGUCGGGGAAGUGGAAGGGUGUGCUUGUUACGCUGGUGUAG